AUCUCGCCAGUCUCGUCUGUGGAUUUCGUUGGGAAAAUGCUAAGAGAAGUGAUUUUCGCGGUAGUUAUUCUAGGAGUGACCUUUUGCAGUGAAGGUUUCACCUUGGGACAGAAUCCUGACUGCAAAUUGCCACUGCAACCCGUCCGAUAUGGAUUCUUCGCGCCGCUCGUCUUCACGGCUGACGGAAAAUUCGCAUUCGCCUCCGACGACGACAUUCUGCUCUCAGCUGGAGAAAGAGUGACCAUUUCCUGUGAACCCGGACUGUUCAAGUCCUUCCCAGAUAAGCGAACACUGAAGGCGAAGUGCGUGCAAGGAGAGGAAUUGGAGCUCGAAGAUGGUAAACAAGAGACUUGGAGCAAGAGUUUCGCCUGCGAAUUGCGCGCCGUCGAGGAGGUGUUUGCUUCUCGUCUGGCCGGAUGUCCUCAGGAGGCGGAGAGCAUUGAGUUCGGCUUCCUGAAUCCUCACACCCAGACGUCGAACAUUGUCGGCGAAGUGUGCUACUCAGCGCAGGAAGGAAGGACAAUCUUCGUCCAUGCGAAGGAUUCUUCUGUGCUGAAGACGGAGAGCAUGAAUUAUCUCAAGUCCGGAAGGCAUCCCGAAGGAAGGAACAAGAUCAGUCUCUUCAGAGCAUUGAGACACGACAAUGUGCACAAUCUGCUCGAGGGGAAAUUGGGAAGCCACAGAGUGCCAAUGAUGGGAUCCAGACCACUCCUCACGGGCUUCAUGCUGGACAAUCCUCAGUUGCAUCUCAUCACCAGAUUGACCUGGAACUACAUCGUUUCCUACAACGACGAGACGCUCAAGGAGUGGGAGAUCCUGCAGAAGGGAGUGCAGAAGCUGAAUAACAAGGAAGAAAUCUGGGCCGGAACGUCAGGUGUGCAGCAACUCAAGGAUUCCUCAGGACAUUCUUUUGACUUCUAUUUGGAAGAGAAGAAAUUCCCGGUGCCAAAAUAUUAUUGGCUCGUGGUAAAGGAAGAAGAUCGCACGGUUGGAAUUCUCUUCAACAACACUCCAAAGAGCUUGAGGACCUCCGGAGAAGAACACCAAACAUGUCCAGGACAUUGCGCGGAUAUUCCAUGGCUGUCUGACUUGAAGGAAUCUGACGAUCCUGAAGCUCUUCAUUGUUGCUCUCUGGACAAACUUCGUCAGAUUGUUCCGGAAAUUCCAGACAUAUCCACAGACUCGUCCACAUCUUCCAUCAAAGCUGAUAAAACCAUAUGAAAAGGUGAAAAAUUGCAUGGAGAAAUAAAAAAGAGCAAUCGAU